UGGACUUGAAUUUACUCUUCCGUCGACAUGUCUUGAGAUUUAGACCUUAGACGAGACUUAAACUGUCGACCUCUAAUUAUCAAAGCAAAGAGGAGUAUCCAGUCUUUCGUGAUCUGAAAAUUUAGACAAGCACAAGAACCUUAGGUUGAUCUGUAGAACAAUAGUCCGCUGUCAGGAACACGUUGGAUUUAUACCCGGGGCAUGAAGACGUUGAACCUACUCACGGGAUCGGGACUCUGAUUAUCUAUGUGCUGAAUACUUUGCCAAUGAGACAAAAGCUAACUACUGGAAAACUUGUAUAUGAUCAAUUAAGGGAAUGUUUAAUUAAAAAAAUCUAGUACGAAGCAGCAUAUGAUAAAAGUCCAUUCAUUCACAAAAAUCAGCUCUUGUUUUAUGUAGGAAGCUUUGGAAUUAUUUUAUAUUCCUCUACUCCUUUCUGUUUGUAUUGUAUAUUUGUAUGCUAUAAAGUAUAAAGAAUGCAAGAUAGUUGGGUGUUUAUGUAGCAGGAGAAAACCACUAAUAUGGCCAGUGGUUUAGUCUUUCAAAUUAUUCUGGGUAUGUUCUGUUUCUGCGGGUCUGCUGAUGGAACCAGGACAAAGUUGUUCGGAGCCAAGAAAGGCUUAUCUGCAGCAUCUGAUGAUGGCAUUUGCAAGUCGGUGGUUGUUCCUCGAGGAUAUGUUUGUCAAGAACACACUGUGAUUACGCAAGACGGUUAUAUUCUCAGUAUGCAGAAUAUCCCACAUGGGCGGUCAGGUGGGAUCACAGGGAGCAGGCCGCCAGUCCUACUGCAGCAUGGCCUCUUGAUGGAUGCAGUGACAUGGUUGCUGAGUCCCCCAGAUCAGUCUUUGGCAUUGCUCUUAGCUGAUAAUGGAUUCGAUGUGUGGCUAACUAGCACCCGCGGAACUAGAUAUAGCCGGGGACACACUUCUCUCAGUACCAACGACGCUGCAUAUUGGGAUUGGUCAUGGGAUGAAUUGGUAGCUUAUGAUCUUCCUGCCACAUUUCAGUAUGUCAAUUCCCAAACAAGACAGAAAUUGCACUACGUUGGCCAUUCCCUGGGAACUUUGACUGCUUUAGCAUCAUUCUCAAAAGGUCAACUUGUUAGCAUGCUUCGAUCAGCUGCACUUCUAAGCCCAAUCGCCUACAUCGGUCAAAUGACCUCCCCAGUCGCAACAAAUGCUGCAGAUAACUUUCUUGCUGAGGUUAUGAAGUGGCUGGGGAUUCACGAAUUUAAUCCAAGGGGAAAUGCUGUACUCGAUCUGCUUAAGGAUAUAUGUGCGAAGCCAGGUGUUGACUGCACAAACUUGCUCACAUCUUUCACAGGUCAGAAUUGUUGCCUAAAUACUUCUGCAGUUAGUUUUUUUCUGGAACACGAGCCUCAAUCAUCAUCAACGAAGAACAUGAUUCAUGUAGCUCAGAUGAUUAGAGAUGGGACUAUCCAAAUGUAUGAUUAUGGCAAUGCCGACAAUAACAAUCAACACUAUGGGCAGCGCACUCCUCCUGCCUAUGACAUGUCAAGAAUUCCAAAAGACCUUCCUCUGUUCUUUGCUUACGGAGGGGCAGAUGCACUAUCUGAUGUCAAGGAUGUGAAGCUCUUGUAUGACAGCCUAAAAGAUUAUGAUGGAGAUAAGCUGGUUUUCCAAUACCGAGAGGAUUAUGCUCAUGCAGAUUAUGUCAUGGCUGUCAAUGCUAAAGAAGCUGUGUAUAAUCCUGUCAUCGCUUUCUUUAGGCUUCAAUGAUUACCUUAAUUUUGAUACGCAUCAAUAAAUUUUCUAUCAGGUCCGAAAAUACUAUAUCUUAUUUUUCUUUUA